CCAACCAACAUGGCAGCGCCCAUGAAAUCUAAAACUUCUAUUCUAAUAAUAAUUAAUGUACACAUUUUGUAGUAUUCUCAAAUGAAGAAAUGAAGAAAACGUCUGCGGAAUGUAUCUCUAUCCUGUCUCUAGCUCGUCCAGUUUGAGACUCUCCUCAGUUCACUUCACAGUUUGAUCUAAACAAACGAUCGUUCUUUCAUUCAGUCCCUGCACUCCAGUCUCACUGUAUUUGUACUAUUUCUAUGAAAGAAUGAUCUUUCCAAAUUGAUCAUAGACUCGUGAUUUACAAUAUGGCUGGUGUAAGAAUAACACGUUUACCUCCCCUGCCAACAAUCAGUGAGAUUAUUAGAAUAUACAGACUACAAGCAAAGAAAAAACUUUCUCAAAACUUUUUAUUAGAUAUGAAUUUGAAUAGGAAACUUGUAAAAAUGGCUGGUAAAUUAAAAGACAAUUUAGUGAUUGAAGUGGGUCCAGGACCAGGGGGAAUAACUCGUGCAAUACUGGAAAAAGACAUUCACAGUCUAGUUGCUAUUGAAAAAGACAGAAGAUUUCUACCAGGGUUACAGUUACUAGCUGACGCUGCUGAUAAAGAAAUGAGAGUAUCACAAGGGGAUAUUAUGGACUUUAAUCUAGAUCCACUAAUACCUGAUGAGUUUAAAAAACCAUGGGAGGCAGCUCCACCAAAUAUCCACAUCAUUGGUAAUUUACCAUUUAAUGUUUCAACACCAUUAAUUAUCAAAUGGUUGCAAGCUAUCUCAGAAAAAAAUGGUGUCUGGAAAUACGGUCGAACACCACUUACAUUAACUUUUCAAAAAGAAGUUGCAGAUAGAAUGGUUUCCCCUAUUUUAACAGACCACAGAUGUAGAUUAUCAGUGAUGUGUCAACAUUUGUGUGAUGUCUCUUUGCAAUUUGUUAUUCCAGGUAAAGCAUUUACUCCUCAACCAAAGGUGGAUGUGGGUGUGGUCAAGUUUACUCCUCUGAUAAAACCUCUUAUAGAUCUUCCCUUUAAACUCGUAGAAAAACUCAUCAGACAUAUUUUUCAGUAUAGACAGAAAAAAUGUAAACAUGGAGCAGCGACAUUAUUUCCCUUGAAUCAACAAGAAUUAGUAACAGAACUGUUUGAUAGAAGUGGUGUUAGUCCCGACUCAAGAUCUUUUAUGAUAACUAUGGAAGAAUUUAACAGACUUUGUCAAGUUUAUAGUGAUAUAUGUGAUAGACACCCAGACAUUUUCACCUAUAAUUUUAGAAGUGCUGAUAAUGCUAAAGCUAUCCGUCAAAAAAAUCAUUUACAAGUUGUACAGUUUGAGAAACAGAUUUUAUAUGGUGAUCCUAGUGACUUUAAGAAAGAUUUUGAUAUUGAUAAGAAUUAGAAAAUGUGAUCUAUUUUUAAAUAAAAUAUGAAAAAUAA